AUGGCGAACACCGAUGCAAGCAAUGCUUCAUCAAGGCCACGGGCACCGACCAUCACCAUCGACACAUCUGCCACCAACGACCCUACCAUGGGCGACUCGGUCCCCCUAGGAGCCAUUCAAGAUAACAACAGACCUGCAACAUACUCUAAUACCGACAAUGUCUCGCCUACACACUCGAGGCAGCAAUCGCAAGAACUGCGUAAUGCGCACUCGUUCGAUAGCAAGGAGAGCAGACCCACGAGCCCGCAUAACAUCAGCUCACCGGUCACGGCAUGGAACAGCAACGCCGGUUUGCUCAACGUCCCUGGUGCCCGGUCCCGAGGCAACUCGGUUGAUUCGGCGACCGACAAUGGUGAAUCCAAUAGCUCGGGCACAUAUGUACCAUCAUCACAGGGCGAUACGCUAAAGGGAGACUUGGGACCGACUGAAAUUAUGAAUGAUAAAGAUGCUUUGAAACCCGAUCCGGGCACUGAGGCUGACUUUGAGGUCGAGAACAACAAGUUCGCUUUUUCGCCUGGACAGCUGGCGAAGCUCUACAACCCCAAGAGUUUAUCCGCUUUCCAUGCUCUUGGUGGCCUUGAUGGAUUAGAAAAAGGUCUUCGGUCCGACCGCAGAGCCGGUUUGAGCAUCGACGAGCAGCAACUGGACGGUGUCGUGACUUUCGACGAGGCUACUACUCCGAGCAGGACAGAGUCUCCGCAAAAGUCGUCUCCAAAUGGAGUUGCACACACCGACAGCGCCCCAGCCGGUUCCAAGGAGAACGCCUUUGCUGACAGGAAGCGCAUUUUUAGUGACAACCGUCUGCCAGUGAGGAAACCGAAGAACAUCUUCCAGCUAGCCUGGAUGGCCUACAACGACAAGGUCCUGAUCUUGCUUACGUGCGCUGCUGUCAUUUCGCUGGCCCUGGGACUGUACCAAACUUUUGGCGUAGAGCAUGAGCCGGGCGAGCCUGCUGUCGAGUGGAUCGAAGGUGUCGCCAUUAUUGUCGCCAUUGUCAUUGUGGUUGUUGUGGGUGCGGCGAACGACUGGCAAAAGGAACGGCAAUUCGUCAAGCUCAACAAAAAGAAGGAGGACAGGACUAUCAAGGUGGUUCGCUCAGGCACGACUCGCGAAAUCUCCGUCUACGACAUCUUUGUUGGAGACGUUGUCAAUCUGGAGCCUGGUGACAUGAUCCCCGUGGAUGGUAUUCUCAUCCAAGGCCACGGCAUCAAGUGCGACGAGUCUUCGGCUACUGGAGAGUCUGACCUGCUCAAGAAAAUGUCUGGCGAGGAGGCCUUCAAGGCCAUCGAAAGGCACGACAAUCUCAAGAAGGUCGACCCGUUCAUUCUGUCUGGCGCCAAGGUCUCGGAAGGUGUUGGUUCUUUCAUGGUUACCGCUACUGGUGUGCAUUCCAGCUACGGAAAGACGAUGAUGUCUCUGCGCGAAGACAGCGAAGUUACUCCGCUCCAGAACAAGCUGAACGUUCUUGCGACGUACAUUGCCAAGCUCGGUGGAGCAGCUGCCCUGUUGCUCUUUGUUGUGCUCUUCAUCGAGUUCCUCGUCCGUCUGAAAGGCAGCCCCGACACCCCUGCCGAAAAGGGUCAGAACUUCCUCAACAUUCUCAUUGUCGCCAUCACAGUCAUUGUCGUUGCCGUGCCCGAGGGUCUGCCGCUAGCCGUCACUCUUGCAUUGGCGUUUGCCACGACACGCAUGUUGAAAGACAACAACCUGGUCCGUCUUCUCCGAUCUUGCGAAACCAUGGGAAAUGCAACCACCAUUUGCUCCGACAAGACAGGUACAUUGACACAGAACAAAAUGACGGUUGUCGCUGGCUCUCUAGGCACUGCUCUUCGCUUCGGGGACCACAAGCUCAAAGCGGCAGCACCACCACUUGACGAUGGCAGCAAGGGCAAAGAUGUGGCAGAGUCGCCUGUAGAGAACCCCAAUGAUGUUUCGGCACCCGAAUUUGUUGCGACAUUGAACCGCGAUGUCAAGGACGUUCUACUGCAAUCAAUCAUCCAGAACACGACCGCUUUCGAGGGUGAGGCUGGAGGCCCUGAUCCCUUCAUCGGCUCCAAGACUGAAACCGCGUUACUCGGAUUCGCACGCGACUUCCUCGGCAUGGGCAAUGUCGCCCAGGAGCGGUCCAACGCCAACAUUGUCCAGGUUAUUCCUUUCGACUCGGCCAUCAAGUGCUCCGGAGCUGUUGCAAAACUUAACGAUGGUCGCUACCGCAUGUAUGUCAAGGGCGCUUCCGAGAUCUUGCUUGGAAUGUGCGAUAAGAUCGUCACAGACGCCAACAAGGAGCUCGUCGAAACAUCCAUGACAGGCGACAACCGUGAGACGCUCGAGCAAGUCAUCACCACCUACGCGUCUCGGUCUCUGCGAACCAUCGGCCUGAUUUACCGUGACUUCGAGAGCUGGCCACCUGCUGAGUCUUCGAAGAACGAGGAUGACCCGAGCCAAGCUGUCUUCAAGGACGUGUCCAAGAAGAUGACUUUCCUGGCUGUUGUCGGUAUUCAAGAUCCUCUGCGAGAGAGUGUCCGUGAAGCCGUCAAAGACUGCCAGCACGCCGGCGUCUACGUCCGCAUGGUCACUGGUGACAACGUCCUUACCGCCAAAGCCAUCGCCGAAGACUGUGGAAUUCUUGUACCUGGAGGUGUCGUCAUGGAGGGCCCUACCUUCCGCAAGCUCUCAAAGCGAGACAUGGACGCUGUCAUCCCCAAGCUGUGUGUUCUCGCUCGCUCUAGUCCGGAAGACAAGCGUAGGCUUGUCAAGCGCCUCAAAGAGCUUGGCGAGACUGUUGCAGUCACUGGUGACGGAACCAACGAUGCGCCAGCGCUAAAGACAGCCGACGUCGGUUUCUCCAUGGGUAUUGCUGGUACAGAAGUCGCAAAGGAGGCAUCCGCCAUUAUUCUCAUGGACGACAACUUCGCUUCCAUCGUCAAGGCACUACUCUGGGGACGCGCGGUCAACGACGCUGUCAAGAAGUUCCUGCAGUUCCAGAUUACUGUCAACAUCACCGCCGUCCUGCUUACCUUUGUCUCUGCCGUGUCUAGCGACGACCAAACCUCUGUGCUGACUGCUGUUCAACUGCUCUGGGUCAACCUCAUCAUGGACACGUUCGCCGCAUUGGCCCUCGCAACCGAUCCCCCAACACGCAGCCUUCUUGACCGGAAGCCUGACCCGAAGUCUGCUCCUCUCAUCACCCUGAGGAUGUGGAAGAUGAUCAUCGGUCAAGCAAUUUACCAGCUGGUCGUCACCUUUAUCCUCUACUUUGCCGGCGAGUCUAUCCUCAGCUACCACAGCGAACACGAGAGGGAGCAACUGCCAGCCUUGGUCUUCAACACCUUCGUCUGGAUGCAAAUCUUCAACGCACUGAACAACCGCAGGCUCGAUAACCGUUUCAAUGUUUUCGAGGGCAUCACCCACAACUGGUUCUUCAUCAUCAUCCUGGCUAUCAUGAUUGGUGGUCAGACGAUGAUCAUCUUCGUUGGUGGUGUCGCCUUCAAGGUGACCAGACUCAACGGUGCUCAGUGGGGCUACUCGAUAGUCCUGGGUUUCCUCUCUCUGCCCGUCGGUGUCAUUGUUCGCUUGAUUCCUGAUGAGCUCGUCCGGAAGUGUGUCCCCGACUUCUUCAGGCGUAAACAAACUCCCGAGCUUACCAUCUCCGAUGACGAAUAUCAAUGGAACCAGGGACUGUUGGAGAUUCGCGACGAGCUUGCUUUCCUCCGCAAAGUACGUGGUGGGCGUCUCAGUGCCAUGAAGUUCAAGGUGCAACAUCCCAAGGAGAUCUUCACAAAGUCUCGCUCCAGCCAUUCUCUGCCUGGCACUCCAAACAACGGCCCACAGGACGACGGUUCUCAAGCGCCCCCCACACCCAACAGCCGCCGUCGUACUAGGUCCCGUUCAAACUCUGCAUUCGGCCCGGCCACUGUCAUGGCUGGUAUCGUCGCUGGCAGUGUCGCUGGUUGGUCGCCAAUCGACCGCGGUCAUGGCGACAACGACUCCAUCAAGUUCAGCCGCGACGCGACAAAGCAAGACCUCGAGGCACAGGACGGCAUCGAAGUGCAUCCAGACACCAAGUCGACUGAUCCUAUUCUAGCGCCCGACUCAAGCGAGUACCGCGGCCCUCCUAGCCAGAACAUGGACACCACACCAGAGUUUGUCGUAGGACCAUUCUCAGGCCACUCUGGAGACCACUCCAAACCGACAGGACCUGGAACAUAA